AUGCCGUUGAUCGACAUGUACGUCGCCCUCGCCUCCUUCGCCUGCUCCGUCUCAUUGGCCGCCGAUCUCAUUCAUGGAUUCCGGAGCAACAAGUUCUGGUUCCCUUCCAAAUACUUCUCUCUCAACGCCACCUCCCUCACGCUCCUCGCCGUCGCUCUCAAGCUGCCCACCGACCUCACCACCAACAUGACCGCCGUCACCGACCGCCUUGCCAAGAUCAGCAGCCUCGCUCUCAUGUCCACUGCCAUGGUCAACUUCGUGCCGUCGCUGGGAUCCAUCAACAUUUUCAUCAACGUUACUCCAUUGAGCAUUUUCAUCCUUACCGUUGUCACGGACGUCUGCUUCCAGAUCGUCGGGACGCGAUCCUUCCUCCACCACCGCGUCCUCCUCCCCGAGGAGAUCCUCGCUCUCAUCCUAAUGCUCAUCCUGCUUCUCGUGCUCGCCUCCACUGCGCUCAUGGUGCUCACCACCAAGAAAUGCCUUGAGACCAAGUAUCAAGAGAGGCACAAUUUUGCCGAGAGCCAGGAAUUCUCCGACAUCGGGGCCGCCGUGGUCGAUAAGCUUAGGAAUCUCGUGAACAAGUAUUGGGUGAUGGCGGAGACCAGCAGCCCUCAAUUCGUCAUCACUCGUUCCUCCGCCUGCGCCGCCGCCGGCGUCACCUGCCUUGCCAACGCUCUUAUCCUGGCGCAGGCUAUUGUGCGCGCAUGGGUGGAACAUCGUAGCCUCGGCCGGACCGGUUCGAUCUACGGCUGCUCCACUAUAAGGAUUCUACUGGUGUAG